UCCUCUCUCUCUCGUAACUUUUUAACCCAACAAAAUACCAGGAAAAUAUUGUUUAACAUUGUUUACGUUGUUACCAUUGAUACUCUCAUAUAUUACUCACAUAUAUAUCUACAAUAGGUUGAGGAAACUUCAUGGAGACUACAGGUGUUAGGAGGGAGUUAGAAACAAUAAGUGAUCUAAUAAGGAAAUUAGGAACACAUUAGGUGAUGCAACACUGAUAACAACUAAAUUAACUUUGGUUAUCUUCAGUGGAUAUCUUAGUGGCUUAAUUGUUAUUUAUUGACUUAAUCACCAUGGCUGAUAAUAAUUUAGCUUGUCAGAGGGAUGAAAUCGAGGCUCUUUCAUCUAUUUAUGGCACAGACUUCCACACAGAAAGCCUUGAGCAUAAAACCUACAGUGUAGAGAUUACAGAGGGAGAAGUGUCAUCUCUCCUGCAGGUAACAAUGCCUCCAGACUAUCCGAGUGACUCUCCUCCAAUUUACAUGUUAAGUGCACCAUGGCUGAAGGGACUCCAGCGCCAAGAACUCUGUGGAUACUUGGAGGAAAUUUAUCUAGAAAAUCUUGGGGAGAGCGUCAUCUACCUGUGGGUUGAGAGGAUACGUCAGUUUAUGGUGGAGCACGACCAAGCCAGGGAACAGCAGGACCACCACCAGAUCACAUUAAGUUUAGCAUCAUGUAAGCUGGAAGACGAAACAGAAGACCUAACACCUUGUCCUAAGAUAAUUUCUGGUGAGAUUAUCUCCGAUCGCAAAAGUCACUUUCAGCCACACCUUGCGGCCGUCAAAUCAGAGGCUCAUGUCAAGUACUUAUUGAGGAAGCUGUAUGAGAACAAGAAGAUUGCAAAUGCAACUCAUAAUAUGUUUGCCUACCGAUUUUACCCCGAGGGAUCCUCAAACGUUAACCAGAACUGUGAGGACGAUGGAGAGAUUCAUGCAGGCAGUCGUCUCCUGCACCUGCUCCAGAUCCUUGAUGCCAAGGAUGUUUUGGUUGUAGUGACCAGAUGGUAUGGGGGAGUCCACCUAGGACCCGACAGAUUUAAGCACAUCAACAAUGCUGCUCGACAGAUUUUGGACUUGUGUGGUUAUAUUAUCUGUACGCAGGAUGACAAGGGGAAAAAAAAUAAAAAGGGCAAAUAGCA